CUGACUUUCUGGACAUAAUCAAAAAGCAAUCAGUAAAGAACAAAACACUUUCAAACUGGAUUUUUGAGAAAAUUGUUUCUGGACAGACAGCAGAUCAUUGUUAAUCUUGUGGUUACACUAUUAUUCACAAAGCGAAUGUAAAGUUUAGAUUGCUGGAGCUCAAACAGUGAAAAUGGCUUCACUAAAUGUAUCUACAGAAGAACUUUCUUGUCCUGUGUGUUAUGAAAUAUUCAAGGAUCCUGUUCUUUUGACAUGUAGUCACAGUUUUUGUGAAGACUGUCUUCAACAGUUCUGGAGAACCAAGGAAACUCAGGAGUGUCCUGUCUGCAGGAGAAGAUCCUCAAAUAAUCACCCUCCAGUUAAUCUUGCGUUAAAAAACUUGUGUGAGUCGUUCCUGAAGCAGAUAAAUGAGAGCCGUUCAUCAGGAUCUGAGGAGGUCUGCAGUUUACACAGCGAGAAACUCAAACUCUUCUGUCUGGAGGACAAACAGCCGGUGUGUUUAGUGUGCAGAGAUUCACAGAAACACGUCAAUCACACAUUCAGACCCAUCGGUGAAGCUGUUCCAUCAUUUAAGGACGAGCUCAAAACAGCACUGACAUCCUUACAAGAGAAAAUUAUACAUGGAGAGAAAAUAAAAGGAGAGUUUGAGAAAACAACUGAACAGAUCAAGUCUCAAGCUGAGCACACUGAGCGUCAGAUUAAACAGCAGUUUGAGAAGCUUCAUCAGUUUCUCAGAGAUGAAGAAGAAGCUACAAUCACUGCACUGAGGGAGGAAGAGGAGCAGAAGAAGCAGAUGAUGAAGGAGAAGCUGGAGGAGAUCAACAGACACAUCUCAGCUCUUUCACACACAAUCAAAGACACGGAGGAGAUGAUGAAAGACAAUGACGUCUGCUUUCUAAAGAAGUUUCCAGUCUCAAUGGAAAGAGUCCAGAUCUCAUCACAGCCGGAUCCACAGAUGCCUUCUGGAGCUUUGAUUCAUGUGCCACGCUACUUGAGCAACCUGCCCUUCAGAGUCUGGAAGAAGAUGCAGGACAUCGUCCAAAACACUCCUGUGAUUCUGGAUCCAAACACGGCUCAUCCACGUCUUGUCCUCUCUGAUGAUCUGACCAGUGUGAGAUGGAGCAACAUCAGGCAACCGCUUCCUGAUAAUCCAGAGAGAUUUGAUGAUCAUUACUGUGUUCUGGGUUCAGAGGGUUUUAACUCAGGAACACACUGCUGGGAUGUGGAGGUUAAAGAGAGUUUAUGCUGGAGUAUAGGAGUAACUACAGCAUCAAACAAAAGGAAGGGGUGUGAUUUCUAUAAUUCUAAUGUCUGGAGUGUGCAGUAUGAUCAGUAUGGACUGUAUGAACGGUCUGGUUUUCAUAUUAAACAGUAUCUUGAGCGUGUGAGAGUUGAUCUGGACUAUGACAGAGGAACGGUGUCAUUCUCUGAUCCUGUAGCUAACACACAUCUACACACAUUCACAACCACCUUCACUGACACCGUCUUUCCAUCCUUUGAAAGUUUUUCCCCUCUCAGGAUCUUACCGUUUCGUAGUCAGUAAACAUUCACCUGUAGGUCUGGAUCUUCCUGCUUUCAUCUUUUAUAUUCAUCAAUUAAUUUUCUUUUUUUCUGUAGUAAUUCAGGGUUAUUUACCAUUUACCCCAAGCUGUGUGGUUUUACCAACUCCCUGUUGUCUUAAAAUUCCUAUGUAUUUUGUCUUUGUUGGAACAAAAUUUCAGUGUCACUGGGAUUCAUUAAAGGACUCACUGAAAUCUCUUACAAA